UGUGUCGAUAUUUCUGAAAUCGUGAGUUAUGCCGUCGUUCAAUGCCAUUUUGGUGAUUAUUGAUAUUUGAUAAUUUACAAUUAUAUUCUUUAAAUCAUUGCCAGUGCUCUUCCGAAGAUGAUUUUUCGUUUAUAAAUGAUUCUCCUCUUAAAAUCUGAUUAAUUCUAGUGACUCUUAUCAUCAAGAUAGCCAAGAAAAGUGAGUGGUGAAUCUUGAUUAUCUUGUGAUAGUGUUUAUUGUAUCCCUUAAAUUAAUGGACUCAUUGUUAGAUAAAUCUGAUGUAUGAUGAUCCUAAACUUUUUUAUCGUCCAGACUUCUUUCUAAUCCGUUUAUAUACUUGCAAGAACUAAUUUAAUGUAAAAAUUAUAAUAAUACCGGCCCUCGACUAAUACUGUAUGGCGGCUAAUUCAAAUUUACAUGUAAACAAAACAUUUCUAGCUAACAAAUGAACAAGAAAAAAGUGUUUUUCGAAAGUAUUAAGAAGGCAUAUGCAGAGAUAAAAUAAGUUUCUUCACGUAAUGGACCCCGUACUGCAAAGGCUUGGCGAUGUUACAAUACAAAGGCUUGAAAAACCAAGAGAAUCCAAGGUGGGACCUCAAAAUAUCCCUGUGGAGAAACCCAAAGAGAAUAAAGAUGAAAUUCAUAGUAGCCCUGAAGAGGAGAGUGGAGAUGAAACGUCCUUGACCAUUCCUGGUCUAAACAAAAGGCCUAAUCUCAACCUACCUAAUGAUAUAUCCGUAAAAAAAUUCAAAUUCAACUCUAAUGACGUAUCUUUAGGAAAAAAGUGUGAUGAUUUAAUGACUAAUUUUAGUGAAACUGAAAUGUCGGACUAUGAUUCUGAAUCAGAGUUAGAAGAUUCUGAAGAAGAACCACCUGAUAUGGAUCCAGGUUCCACUUCCCAGAUAAAUAUAAUCCCAAAACCUUCUCCUGUUAAAGAACAUUCACAGAUUCCAAGUCAACUAGCUAGUAACUCUGAAGACGAGGCAAGUAGUAGUACUUCAUUUUUUGAAAAGCUGGUUCAGCAGAAUUCUGCACCAGUUCCCAUUUUGUCAGUUCCUAGUACUUCUAGUAGUUCCACUGCUCCUACUCCUACAAAACAGAACUCUGAAGCAUUAAGUGAGGAAGAUUAUGAUAUUGAUAUUAAGGAGAAAUUGAAGGAAAUGGGUGAAAUUAGCUUUGAGACAGUUAAAAAGGGGGAGAAACCCAAAAAGACUGAAGUAGUUGAAAAUGAAGUUGUGGUCACUACUAAGAAAAUGGGACUUGAUGGAGAAGAAAUUCCUGGAUUACCAAAAGGCAUAGCCCUAAGAAGGAACAUUCGAGAAGUAAUGGACGAAACUAAACUAGAUGAAUCUACUUUGGCUGCUCAAAGACAGGAAGCAGAACGUUUGAGAAGGGUACAAGAACAGCAGAGACUUUUAAGGGAACUACAAAGGCAGGCAGCUCAAGAAAGAAUGCAAAAUAGAGUUAUAUCUAUGUUACAGGGCAAUCAGUUUUCUAAACCAGGUACAUCAAAUCAAACCAGAAUAGGCAACACUGUAUUGGUUAAACUACCUAAUGGUCAAACCAAACCAAUGACGAGGAUACCCAAGAGACCUUUUGAACUACUUAGGGUACCUAAAAACAUGGCGCAUGGGCCAAUGGGUGCUCCAAGGAGUAACAGAAGCCUUUUAACUGCAAAGAGGAUUCCCACUGGAGCUGACCUUACCCCAUCUGUUAGUAUCGCACCUGUAAACAAGAAAAUGAUGCCUCCUUUGCUUCAGAGACAUGAUGAUAGUGACAGCGAGAGUGAUGAGCGGAAAAUAAUGUCACCGCCAUUAUCUAUGAAGCCAAAAUCGAAAACUCCAGUUCAGACAAUAGAUAUAUCUUCAGAUGAUGAUUGUAUUGUUGUUUCUGAACCGGAAGACGAAGAAGAAGAGACAGAUCAUGAUGAUCCAACGAAUUCUGGAAUGCACACAAACGAUCAGUUUAAUCAACCUGAUGAACAAGGAAGGGUGUUGGUCAAUGUGGGACAUCCAGAAGGGGAACCUGACGUGUUUGUAGCUCCACAAAUAUCCAGAAUUAUCAAACCUCAUCAGAUAGGUGGAGUUAGAUUUUUGUAUGACAAUGUUGUUGAAAGUACCAGUCGCUUUGAAAGCUCAUCCGGUUUUGGUUGUAUUCUCGCUCAUUCAAUGGGUUUGGGGAAAACUUUACAAAUCGUCACGUUUUCUGACAUAUUUUUGAGGCAUACAUCAGCUAAGACGAUUCUUUGUAUAAUGCCCAUCAACACCCUCCAAAAUUGGAUGGCAGAAUUCAAUAUGUGGGUACCUACAGAAGAAAAUGCAUCUAAUUGCCCAUUAUUUGCUCAUGGAGAGGUCAGAGGGAGGAAUUUCAACCUUCAUGUCUUAAAUGACAGUCAUAAAACUCUCGUGGCGAGAGCUAAAGUUAUCCACGAAUGGAGAACUAACGGUGGGGUUUUGCUAAUUGGUUAUGAGCAAUUUAGACUUCUGAGCCAGAGGAAAAUGCCGAAGUCACGAAGGAAAAUCAAUCCGGAAUUGGAUGAUGAGAGGAAUAUGAAAUUGUUUGAUGAGGUUCAAACGGCUCUAAUAAAGCCCGGUCCGGAUCUCGUGAUAUGCGACGAAGGUCAUCGUAUCAAGAACUCACAUGCUUCAAUUUCGCAAGCUUUAAAGCAAAUGGAGACCAAACGAAGAGUGGUACUAACAGGUUACCCGCUUCAGAAUAAUUUAAUGGAAUAUUGGUGCAUGGUAGACUUCGUGAGACCGAAUUAUUUAGGUUCCAAGACGGAAUUUUGCAACAUGUUUGAACGUCCGAUUAUGAACGGUCAAUGUAUAGACUCUACGGAAGCUGAUAUCAAACUUAUGAGAUACAGAGCGCACGUGUUGCAUUCUUUAUUAUUGGGUUUCGUACAGAGAAGGUCACAUGCUGUGUUACAAACUGCUUUGCCGCAAAAAGAAGAAUACGUAUUACUAUGCAGAAUGUCUCCGUUUCAAAGAACUUUAUACGAGACGUUUAUGAACGAAGUCGUGCGAGUUCAAGCGGUACCAAAUCCACUUAAAGCCUUUGCGGUUUGUUGCAAAAUAUGGAAUCACCCUGACGUUUUGUACAAUUUUUUAAAGAAACGCGCUGGUGCCGGUGAAGCUGUCGACAUCGAUUUAGAAGAAGUAGGCGGCCCUCCUGUUAGUAAAGCUCCCAAUGAAAAACCGGAAAAACCACCUCCGAAAUCAAAGAGGAAAGCACCUGCUAAAGGGAAAAAUGGAAAACCCGCAGCGUCUGUCACUCCUUAUAAUAAUACAUUGGAAAAUGCUGCGAAUCCGCAACCUCCACCUUCUACUAGUACCGCUUCUUUGAACAAUUUCGCCACUUCCUCACCAAUUACUUCGUUUAGUAACGCUUUGUCGCAACAGGGAAAAAUUAAAGUCGAAUCUAAUCAGGAUUCGGCAACUAAUAUCCAAGACAUAUCAAACAAUUUCCCUGAUACUAUUUUACAACCAUACUACGAUCAGGAGUUUGAUCAAAAUGCGCAAUUUCCAUCUUCUUUUCCAAACACCAACAACAGCUAUUCGUAUCCGAACGCGUCUGGCUCGAGCGAAUAUAAUACGGAAUUUAAUUUGUCGGGAGAAACGCAGAAAACCAAUUUCCUAAAUUUGGACGCCCAAACGUCGUCUUUGACACCUCUGACGUCGCUUUCUUCGGAAAUAUCUCUGACGCCUUUGACAUCGAAAACUAAAGACCUGACUAUAGGCAAUACAAGCAGUACUUUAACGUCUUUGAAUACCGCUAGCACGUCGUUGACUCCUUUGAAUCACGCCAGUACCAGUUUGACACCACUGAAAAAUUCUACAGCCAUAGCACUUGAAAGUGGAAAUAACAGUUUACAGAAUAAUACUGGUGAAUUAAUGGAAAUAGGAAAUAACGCUAAUCAGAAUAAUUCUGGAUACGGGCAGAAUCAACAAGGACAAUUCAAUAUGGAAAACAAUCAAUCUAACUACCAAAAUGACUACCAUCAAAACUGGAAUUGGAAUCAAACUCAAGAUGCUACAAACUAUGAUCCUCAAAGUGACUAUUUCGGCCCACCGCAUAACCAAUUUAACCCCCACGUGUCCAACACAAAUGCAAAUUCUUGGAUCAAAAAGGAGGACAAUAAAUCCCUUGUGAGUUCGAAAAGCGAAACCAGUAAUGACGUCAAACCGAAAAUAAACAUCAUAAGUGACAUAAAACUUCCACCUGUGUUUACAAGUCCUACUACGCCGAGCGAGAAAAAAAUUAACAUUAUCAGUGAUAUUAAGAUAGAACCUAAAUUAGAGGAAGGACUCGUUAUGCCUCCGUUGACUCCUUUUAAGACUGAGAUUAAAAGUGAGGUUAAAAAUGAGAUCAAAAGUGAGGUUAAGACUGAGGAAGAAAUCAAACUUCCACCGAUUCAAGAAAAUCCGUUUGCUAAGAUGAAUCCUCUAGCGUUACAAGGGUCUAAAGAGGAUAGUGGUAUUCCUUAUGACUGGGCAAUAGAAUUGCUGAAGGAUUACAUACCAGGCCACAUUGAAAAUUCGGCCAAAAUGGGAAUCCUAUUUUGUAUAAUACGCGAAAGUAUAGCUUUAGGUGAUAGACUGUUAGUUUUUAGUCAGUCGUUAAUAACUUUAGAUCUGAUCGAGCAGUUUCUUCAAAUGAACUUAGUUCCAGGAGAAACUUUCAAUUGGGCGAAAAACAGCAGCUAUUAUCGUUUAGAUGGUUCAACGAGCGCCUUAGAACGAGAAAAGUUGAUAAACGAAUUCAACUCGAAUCCCAAAAUUCAUUUGUUCCUAGUCUCGACGCGAGCUGGCUCUCUCGGAAUUAAUCUUGUAGGGGCGAAUCGAGUGGUGGUGUUGGAUGCCUCUUGGAAUCCCUGCCAUGACACACAAGCAGUUUGUAGGGUGUAUAGGUAUGGACAGAGGAAGCCAUGCUUUGUAUAUAGGUUGGUGGUUGACAAUUGUUUGGAGAAGAAGAUAUAUGAUAGGCAAAUUAAUAAACAAGGAAUGUCGGACAGGGUAGUGGACGAAUGCAAUCCAGACGCCCAUCUAACCUUGAAAGACGUUAGCACCCUUUGUUGGGACGACAAAAUGGAUGAGGGAGAAGAAAAAGACUGGGCGCAUGUCAGGGACAACUACAUUGAUGUGGUAUUACAAAAAGUCCUCGAAAAAUAUGGAAAAAGUCUCAAUAAGGAACCUUUCCAGCAUGAAUCUCUGUUAGUCGAUAGGAAGGAAAAACAGUUAUCGCAGCAAGAGAAAAGAUUGGCUAAAAAGGGUUAUGAAAGAGAAAAACAAGCUUCAAGACAACCCGCCUACAGUUUGAUGGGAUCUUCUAGAGGCCACAGGCCAGUGGCAUCUGUAAGACCAAUGCAGCAAGGUGAAAGGCCAUCAAGGUGGAUUCCUGCGGAACACUGGCAACGCCAAGGCAUGACAGCCCAAGAAAUGACCCUUCCCUUGGACGUUGUCAUCCCCACCAACCAACCAGAGAAAGGUAACAUCGUCCUCAAAGCCGGCCAAAAAGUAUUGGUUCUCAAAUCGCCGAAAGGCGUUUACAUGCAAUUGGAAAGUGGCAAAAUUGUUGCCAUAAAAACUGCCAUUAAAGUUAAAGGAAAAUCCGAUGAUGGUUCCGGUUCGGAAUCAUCCAAAAUGGCGAAACCUCCCCUCUUACCGCCUUCCAUUAAAGGGAAUCCAUCGCUGUCCGUGCUUCCCCAGAAGAGGAUGGUCAAACCUUUUGUACCCGGUACUGCUAAGUUUGGUGUGCAGAGCGUUAAACAAUCUGUGCCGAAUUUGGUUUCUAGGAUACGAAGUAUUCAGAAAAAAGUGCAAGCGGGUAAGACGAAACCACAAAAUGUCGGUAAUGAAAUUGCAAAAUCUCUAACGACCCGAGAAGACGGCGUUCCGGCAAGUACUAGCGACGACGAGCACCGAGAAACGCCUCAACUUUCCCUGGAUAGAAUGAAGAAACUGGCCAUGUCCCACACGCAAGAUAGCAACGACGACAUAGAAAAGAGAAUAUCUCAAUUAAAAAAGAACAUUUCCAUCCAGAGGGUGUCGACGCAAGGUGCGCCAAAAGCUCCUCCCCAACAAACUACGCCCCCACAAUCUCAGGCGACGUCUUCGCAGUUACGGCCGGUGCUGGAUGAAGAAGAAAAGGAGGAGAGUAGUCCUGAGAACUCUGGAGAUCAUUUAGACCACAGUAAUUCUUCCAUGUUGGGAGAUACACCUUUUCAGGACACCCUGGACAGUAUUACCAGUGCAUAUCAAGCGACAAACGACGAUAAUCUGGAAUCUUUCGAAGACGAUGUUUCGGAAACUUCCGAUCACAAACAUCAAGAACAAAGCGAAAUCAGCGAUCAUAGUGACGACGUCACGUAUGUCUCUGACCAAUCGCCCACAUCACAAUACCAAUCUCAAACGCCGAACCCUCAACCAACGACGAGCACGCAUUCAGAUCAAGUCAAACCGGAGGGGCAAGAAUAUAAUUACAAUAAUUAUUAUAAUUAUACCGCUCCUCCCUAUCACGCCCCACCUCCUCAAGGAUAUGCGUAUCCACCUCAACCACCUCCACAGCCGUACGACAUGAUGGGAUAUCCACCUCAGCCGCAGCAACCCCAAUACAAUUAUGGUUAUCAAGGGUACCCGCCUCCACCUCAACCGCACUACCCGCCCCAUCCUCCCCCUCAACCGGGAUACGAUUACAGUGGCCAAGCUCCUCCUCCCGCCCAGCCCAUUUAUCCAGGAUACAAUCCAUACCCUCAACAGUACCCGCCUCCUCCUCCGCCCCAGGGUAUGUACCCACCUCCACCCACUACCACGCCAGCUGCGCCGUAUGGUGAAUAUCCACAGUACGCUCCUCCCGUAAAUAAUGCGGCUCCACCUCCUACGCAGUAUUAUCCUAAUUCUUAAGGUGUAUCUAAUUUUAGACCAGUCGAAUUGGCGUGGCUUUAAUUUGGAAUUGUUUUCUAAAGUUUUUUUUUUAGGAAGAUUCUUGAUUCGUGUGAUAUACGCUUUUAAUAUCUGGGGGGGGCUACUUUACUGUUCUUUGAGAUGAUUUUGAAUCAAAUUGAAGUUUGAAUAUUUUUUUGUAAUCAAUUUAACUUCAAAAAACACGACACAAACGAAUGGAUGAUUAGGAUUUUUUAUUCUGAAAUGUGAUAUAAGCUGAUUCAAGAUUAUUUUUUUUUUUGAACAGAAUCGCGAAGGAGAAGAAAUUGCGUUUUUUUAAAUGACCG